AAUAAAACUGUGAUUUCGCGAACUUACACAACCCCAGUAUCAGCCCCUGAUGCAUACACAUACGCGUGUUUUUCUUCACGAGCAGCGGUGAAAUUAACGCGUUUCUCCUGUUCGCUGCACUUAGGAACUUCAGUUCCCAUCAUGCCAGUCGCAGGAUCACGACGACAACGAUGCUCGAACAUACACAGCAGCAGUGUUUAAUGCGAUGGGACCCAUCCUGCAGGAACAAACUGCGUCUGCGACACUGAGGAAGGUGUCAGGCAAGGAGAAGGUUAGAGUGAAAAAUUCAGAAAACACUGGGAUUGUUGCCAGCAAUAAUAAGCGAGGAGGAAACGUGAUCCAGAAUAAGAAACCUCUUAAAAAAACAGUGCCCUUGCGUCCAGGGCAAGAGAAGGAUCCUCUGCCCAAAGCUGAAGUUGUCCAAAAUGGCAUUAAACCAAAGAAAGCUAAGAGUCCGACUGGUGGCACUUGCAAGUCGCGUGGCACACAGGGCGAAUCAGACCUGAGGCCUCCACGUCCCGAACGUGGACAGGAGAGGCAGAAAAUCCAGCUGGAGCCUCAGUGCUGUAGAGAGAUGCUACAGAGCCAUGUGGUCUUGGAGAAGAACCGUCGUGCUCUAUCGCUGCCCUUGACUCCUCAGCCAGUGCUGCAGCAGUUCACCCUGCAGAAACAAGUCCCAGACCUGGACUCACUUCGCCUGCUGGAGCACAAGGAGGAUGACACGGACAGUGCCAGUGACCUGUCCGACUCCGAGCGGCUCCCUGUGCUGCCUUCCCCUUGCACUCCUCCUCAGCUCAACCUCCGAGCCGAGGUCUUCAACUCCAUGGACCUGCAUCCUCACAUACCUGGACCCAGGACGGUGGAGAACGAUGAAGUCCGGUACAGCUACCCAGACUUCCUGCCUCCUCCAUUCAAUACCUGGAGCCUUAGGCAGCUCACCAUCUUCCUCAACACUGAGGGUAAGCGGGCUCCCCGGCCGAAACCCGUAGGGGAGCUAGAGAAGUAUUUAGAGCGCCUCCUUCAACUUGAGUGGCACCAGAUCCAAACCAUACAGGAUGAGAGCGGACGGCACGUCGUUCCCAUCAUCCGAACAAGAGGUCACGCUGCCAGUGUCCUAGCGAACGGCAACCAGCCUAGGCCUCAUACUGCUCCUCCGACACGCCUCAGCUCCCCGAAAAGCUUUCGGCAGGGUGAACGGGCCUUCUUCUCUUCAGUGGCCAGCCCAUCAUCCACCCAGCUUUCUCGUCCUGUCUGUCCUCACUGCCACAUCCGCUAUCCGCUCUGCAAUGGCACCUGCUCUCCGUACGCCUACCAGCGGCAUUCCCGCCUCAGCCCCCUGCUAGAGCGCAAAGCUCCCCCUGCCAACACCCAAAAGAGGAGCAGUAGCGAAAGCCGGGCUUCCACUGCCGAAAACCGCACGACUUCGAAAAACCAGCAACCGGUCAGUCCUCAAGCAGCAAAGGCUCACCAGAAGCACAUUCAGGCUGCGGGAAAUGUGCGCAGGGCGUCCCAAGAACUAAACACAAAUGGCAAAUCCCAUUCUUCGGUCAGGAAAGGAAAGACUGCAAGGUCAAACGAGGCGGACAAACAGAAAGAUCCACCUGGAGCGAAAUGUGGAGGGGUUGAGAGGCGGGAUCCUGUCGGUAUGAAACGUGACGGUGGUGGUCCUGGGAAAAAAAUGGUUAAGGAUGGCCCGAGAGCCGAAACGGGUGAAGUACGAUUAAGAUCUGGCACUAAAAGAACCGUCACCAAUGGCAAGGAUGCAAAAGUGACGACAGCUACCAAGACUACUGGCAAAGUGAAAAAUCCUCAAUAUGCCAAGUAGUAAGUGCACCUUUCACGCAAUUUUCAGUUGCCUCAAAAACGUUUCCAUUUUGCAUACAGUAAAGAAGAGCUAAUUAAAACAUAAUAUUAUCCUUGCAGUUAACUGUAGUUGUUUGUGAAAAGGAUAUAAGUGCCGUCACAUUGGCAAAAUUUCGAGGGGAAAAAUAGGUUCAUUAUUUAGUGUUAAGAACUCACACAGAAGUCACGUUUAGCUUUCUGUCGGUCAACACGGACCAACUAGAAAUGUGCACAGAAUAAGGAUGGAUUCCGAAAAAAAGCUUGGAUUUUGUCCAUGAAAAUUUGCCGGAUAACAGCAAAUGUGGCAGCAUUUUAAAAAAACUUAUCCUUCUCAUUAGAAAUCAUGCCUUUUCAUCGUCAUUGUUUCAGUAGAACUUUAAAGUGCAUUUCUUGAAUAAGAUUUAUUUUAUCCGUAAGUACACAAAAGCAGGUUAUCUUUACAUACUGUACGCACAAAUCCUCUAUGAAAUGAAAUAAAUGUACUUAAAUCUAGAGUGCAUGUACAUAUCUCUUAUUUGAGGGAGGUAUGGCUGAGAAUGUCAGUGUACGGCUUUGUCUAGUAAGCACUAACGGUCAAAGAAUGUAUAUUUUUUGAGAUGAAUAAUGAAUGUUUUGUAAUGACUGUGUAUUUUUGUAAAGUGCCAUUUACAAGGACUUAAUUUCUUGUUAUUUAUUAAACCAAUGAGUUGACAUGUAUUAAGUUAAAAUAGAAUGUUUUAUCUUUGAAUGUUUUGGAACCCAUUACUUAGGUUUUCAGUGAGUUAGAUGUAUUUGAAUUGUGAAUUGUUAGGGUUGCUUAUGUUGGUUUUGUGGUGUGUUGCUGGAGAAGGCCCUGAGCUGUAAACUGUUAAGAUAUUAUGGUCAAGGUUAUCUAUGUUUGUUUACUUAUUGAGAACCUAUCAGGUGAUUACAUUGUACUUCAUGUCUCUAAAUAUAGCAUGUUUUGUUUAUUUUUACAGGAACAACGAUGGUAGUGGUUUUGUAGUUUUGUAUGUACUGUAAUGCAUUGUCAAGGCACUUGAAUAUGACUUGAAAGUUGAUACAGGUUGAGGCCAUACAGUACGUGGUACCACAUUUCCAUACUUGAUGUACUGUAUGUAGCACCAUUUCAUCUUGAAUGUUAUGUACUGUGUCAAGUUCCCUUAUCAGGCAAAAAACACACAAAAAUCUACUUUUGUCCUAUCGUUGUCAGAUUGUGCUUUUAUUUUGCUGGGUGUUUUUGGUAGAGUUGAAUGCAGCUAUUUUUAUGAGAUACAAAAUAAAGAGUUUUCAUUACAUCA